GUUGCCACAUAUCACCAGAGAUGACAUGGCACCAAGCAGUGGCUUCCCAAACGCAACUCAGAACCGGUCUUUGGCAAAGAAAAUCAAACUAUUAUCCCAAUUUUAUGUAAAGAACACUUAGGAGACAAUCAAUUCUUAUGAAAAACCAAAUUCUAGAAACCAUUUAGCAUCAAUGAAUAACACCAGAGAUUACAAUAGAUUAAACGUUGACAGAGUGUGUGUGUGAUUUUAAGAAUACUUAUCUCUACCAGUAUACGGAUAAGGGAAGCUGAAUUGCGUUUUUUUGCAGGCGUCUCUCACUUCUCCGAGAUGAACUGGCGGCGGAAUGGCGGUCGUGGCGGCGCCUCCUUCGCAACCAAGCCGAAGAGGACACCUCAGGAGGACCUUCCCCCUCCUGCCCCUAAUCUGGUACGGUUCGUGUGCGUAAGCGAUACACACAGCCGGGUAGUGAAGGCGGGCGUCCCCGAUGGAGAUGUCCUCCUCCAUGCAGGAGAUUUCACAGGGCGAGGCACACUCAGCGAGGCCAUGCAGUUCAAUAUUUGGCUUGGGACGCUACCUCACAAGCACAAAGUGGUGAUAGCAGGGAACCACGACAUCCUUCUAGACGCAGAGGAAUGCGGCCGUGCUCUUCCCGCUGACCCAACGCGAUUCCUCACCAACGCCAUCUAUUUGUGUGAUGAGAGUGUGACUCUCUUCGGCAUCAAAAUAUAUGGUUCUCCGUGGAUACCCGAAUAUCAUUCGCCCAUGAAAACGGCAUCCGAUAGGUGGAAAGCAGAGAAAUACCCACACCUAAGGGCCUUCGAGUUACCCCGAGGAGAACCCCUCCGGCAGAAGUGGCAAGCCAUUCCCGCGGACACGGAUAUCCUGCUGACCCACACGCCGCCCCUGGGUCAAGGCGACCUGACCGCAAGGAAGAAAAGGGCUGGCUGUGAGGACCUUCAGGAGACCGUACAGCGUCGUGUCAGGCCCAAGUACCACGUCUUCGGUCACAUACAUGAAGGCUACGGUGUCUCGAAGGACGCGAACACAGUAUACAUGAACGCCUCGAUCUGCAACUCGAGGUACCAGGCAAUCAACGCGCCACUCGUCUUCGAUUUACCUUUGCCCGAUGGAGUGUCCAAGUCUUGAAUCAGUAUGGUUUUCUUGCGGGUUAGAAAUAACACAUUGUCACAGAAUAAAUAAAUAGAUCCAUCGGUGUGAAUAAGGUAAAGAGAAACAGCAAGAAAGAAAAGAUUUUUUUUA